GAAGCUUUGGUAAAAAAACAACUAAGCUGCGUCCCUUCAGCACACUCUUAACUCUAAGGAGGGUGCUCAUGUCACUCAAGACUCAUUGACCAAUCAGAACCUCCAGACGGAAAGGUCCAUCACUGGUGGAGGAGGGUUCUUCCGGUUUCAUGCUUCACUUUCAGCUCCAUUACUCAGCAGGCUAGGAUGAUUAGUGUGUUUUGCUCUGAGCGCUACUGCUGGGUGCCGUGAGGGGAGCUCUGGCGAGCUCCGAGUGGAGACAUGGAUAAUCUCUGCCCCCUGGAUUGUCUUCCUCCUAUUUCCUGCCUAAGCUAAGAUUCAUUAUUGACUGGUGGCUACAUCCAUACAAUACACAAGGAUAGAGUGACCUUUGAUGAUGUGCAUGUGAACUUCACUCCAGAAGAGUGGGCUUUGCUGGAUCCUUGCCAGAAGAGUCUCUACAAAGAAGUGAUGCUGGAGACCUACAGGAACCUCAUUGCUAUAAGCUAUAAUUGGGAAGACAACAAUAUUGAAGAACAUUGUCAAAGUUCUAGAAGACAUGGAAGGCAUGAAAGAAGUCAUACUAACAAGAAACCCUACAAAUGUAAUCAAUAUGAUAAAGCCUUUUCACAAUACCAUCAUCUCCAAAUGAAUAAAAAAACAUAUACUGGAGAGAAAACUUAUGAAUGUAAUCAGUGUGGGAAAGCCUUUGCACGUCACAGUCAUCUUCAGUGUCAUGAAAGAACUCAUACUGGAGAAAAACCCUAUGAAUGUAAUCAAUGUGGGAAAGCCUUUUCAUUGUAUAGUAGUCUCCAAAAGCAUGAAAGAAUUCAUAGUGGAGAGAAGCCCUAUAAAUGCAUUCAAUGUGGUAAAGCCUUUUCACAACAUAGUAGUCUUCAAGUGCAUAAAAGAACACAUACUGGAGAGAAACCUUAUGAAUGCAGUCAGUGUGGUAAAGCUUUUGCAAGUCACAGUAAUCUUCAGUGUCAUGAAAGAACUCAUACUGGAGAGAAACCUUAUGAAUGUAAUCAGUGUGGGAAAGCCUUUGCACGUCUCAGUCAUCUUCAAUGUCAUGAGAGAAUUCAUACUGGAGAGAAGCCCUAUGAAUGUAAACAAUGUGGGAAAGCUUUUGCACGCCACAGUCAUCUUCAAAAUCAUGAAAGAAUUCAUACUGGAGAGAAACCCUAUGAAUGUAAUCAAUGUACUAAAGCUUUUGCAUGUCAUAGUAAUCUCCAAAUACAUACAAGAAGACAUACUGGAGAGAAACCCUAUGAGUGUAACCAAUGUGGAAAAGCCUUUACAUCUCACUUUAGUCUGCAAAUACAUAAAAGAAAACAUACUGGAGAGAAACUCCAUGAAUGUGAUCAAUGUGGUAAAGACUUUGCAUGUCACAGUAGUCUCCAAAUACAUAAAAGAAAACAUACUGGAGAGAAACCCUAUGAAUGUGAUCAAUGUGGGAAAGCGUUUGCACGUCUGAGUCAUCUUCAGUGUCAUGAAAGAAUUCAUACUGGAGAGAAGCCCUAUGAAUGUAAUCAAUGUGGUAAAGCCUUUGCACGUCUCAGUCAUCUUCAAAGGCAUGAAAGAACGCAUACUGCAGUGAAACCCUAUGAAUGUAAUCAAUGUGGGAAAUCCUUUGCAUGUCAGAGUAGUCUCCAUAUACAUAAAAGAACACACACUGGAGAGAAACCCUAUAAAUGUAAUCAAUGUAAUAAAGCCUUUUCAGGACAGGGUAAUCUCCUAAUACAUAAAAGAACACACACUGGAGAGAAACCCUAUGAGUGUGAUCAAUGUGUUAAAGCCUUUACACGUCAGAUUUAUCUCCUAAUACAUAAAAGAACACAUACUGGAGAGAAACCUUUUGAAUGUAAUCAAUGUGGGAAAGCCUUUGCACAUCACAGUCAACUUCAAAGGCAUGAAAGAAUCCAUUCUGUAGAGAAACCGUACAAUUACAAAUUAAUGUGAUAAAAAUGUAAUGAUAUGUAAAGUGUAGCCUUUUGUGGCUGGCUCUAAGUGAAAUUCAUAGCUUCACUAAUUGAAAUUCAUGUUUCUGGCUUUGAGAAAAAUAUUUUAGCAAAACCUUUGCUGUGUUUGGAUUAAUAGGUAGAGGCUGAGAAACUGUUUUGAGAUUGAACAUUGAAGAUAUUUUUUUUCUGUGGAGAAUCUGCACUUUGCUGCUACAUGGGAGCUUGCAGCUGUAGUGACCUAAGACAUUCCUUACAAACCUGAAGUUCUUUGCCACAAUCAAAAGAGAUUGAAAUUUGUGUGGUGUGUCUCUUCUCAGAGGCAGACAGGUAACUUUGGUAGUUGGAACCAUUCCCAGCCCCAAUUAACCUUCUAUAAUGUUUGGAUAAAGUAACUGGAGUGAGCUAACUGGGUGAGAGUCUUUUCCAAGAAGACUGAACCCCUCUGCUCCUUUUGAAAAUUAAGGUUUAGCAUCAUGGUGAGCUUCACUGUCUACUGUGCCAUCUAUGACUAACAUUAAACAAUAAUAAAGCCUUUUCCAAAAAAAGUAGUCUGUUUUUAUAAAACUAAAUCCUAGUCAUUCAGUUUUACCAAUAAAGAGUCAUUGAAAACCUGAGAGCUCAAAGAGUCAGAGAAAGCCGCUGGUGACUUUCUACUCUACUCACACCCGAGAAUAAAAAAGCCCUUUCUUCUCCAUGCUGUUUGUCUUAAAUACCCUCUAAUUCAAUGUCCAUCCUUUCUAUUUAUUCAGAUUGGUUACUUGAAUCACCUCUUGACCUAUGAUUGAUUUUAUUUUGUUCCCUGAGUAAAGAUGUGUGUUAGGGCUGAGUCACACCACAUAUUUUUUUUACAGUAAACAAAAAGCUUUAGUGUCAAAGGCUGAGCCAUACCACAGAUUUUUUUUCCAGUUCUCACUCUCUGAGGUCACAAUGUGAUCAAAUAUCCUGCAACAUAUUGGAGUAAAACUAUAAAGGUAUUCAAUAUAGUGAAGCCACAGUAGUCUCCAAAUACAUAAAAGAAUACUUGAGAGAAACCCUACAAAUGUAAUUGUUUUAAAAUACAAAAAUUCUAAGUGUUCGAUUUUACCAAUAAAGACUCAGGAGCCAG